AUGGAUGCGGAUAACGAUCGAUCGUUUGAAAACUGUGCCAAAAUUCACCACGGUGUUGAACCGGUGCAACCUGCAAACCAGGCCCUUCCGAGAACUUGCUCAACCUCAGAUCGCUAUUCGGGCAUUCAGCUGAUCCACCCCCAACCCGGAUUUGGUGAACCGUUUGAGGUGUAUUGUGAGCAGGAGUACGAAGACGGAGGAUGGGUUGUGAUCCAGAACCGCUUUGAUGGGUCGGUUAACUUUGAACGGAAUUGGGCCGAGUACGAGCACGGAUUCGGAGACAUGAGUGGUGAACAUUGGCUGGGAUUGAGGGCGAUUCACGAGUUGACCUAUUCCAAGCAGUACAAACUGCACAUUUUGCUGGAGCUGUCAAAUGGAACUCAGCUGGCUGCCAAAUAUAACGAAUUUUCGACUGGUAGCGGAAGUGCAGCUGUCAAACAGCAGCAGCCCGCGUGUGCCCAGUGGGCUUGA